UGGGGCAGUUUGGGGGUUCAGGGGCAGUUUUGGGGGGGGGUUCCAGCCAUGUCACCCCCUCCCCAAUUCGGGGUGUCCCCCCCCAGGCUGAGGGUGGCCCCCCGGGCCCUGCUGUGCUGCCCCCCGAGAGCCUCGAGAGCCCCCCAGAGCUCCAGCACCACGGGCAGCCCUGUGGCCAUGGCAGCCCCCCCAGCCCCCGCGGUGUCCCCAGGCCCCCCGGGCGGGCUGGUGGCGGUGGCGCAGGUGACGAGCACGGCGGACAAGGAGCACAACUGGCGGCAGUGCUCGGCGCUGGUGCGGCGCGCGGCGGCCGCGGGGGCCCGCGCCGUGUUCCUGCCCGAGGCCUUCGACUUCAUCGGGGACAGUCCCCAGCACAGCCUGGCGCUGGCAGAGCCCCUGCACGGGGACACCGUGCGGCGCUACCGCCAGCUGGCCAGGCCGUGUCCCUCUGUGUCCCCAGGGAAUGUGACGUGUGGCUCUCCCUCGGUGGCUUCCACGAGCGUGGCCAGGACUGGGACAGCACCGGCCGCAUCUACAACUGUCACCUGCUGCUGGACAGCUCGGGCGCGCUGGUGGCUGUCCCCAUGUCCCCAACCCCCGUGGCUGUCCCCAGGCGCGCUGGUGGCCGCGUACCGCAAGCUGCACCUGUUUGACGCGGCGCUGCCGGGGGCGCCGGCGCUGUGCGAGAGCUCCUUCACCAACCCUGGCCGGGAGCUGCUGCCCCCCAUCGACACCCCCGUGGGCAAGGUGGGGCUGGCCGUGUGCUAUGACCUGCGUUUCCCGGAGCUGGCCCAGGCCCUGCGCGGGGCCGGUGCCCAAAUCCUGACCUACCCCUCGGCCUUCACCGUGCCCACCGGAGCCGCGCACUGGGAGGUGCUGCUGCGUGCCCGUGCCAUCGAGUGCCAGUGCUACGUGGUGGCCGCGGCGCAGACCGGCCGCCACAACGCCGGCCGCGCGUCCUUCGGCCACUCGCUGGUGGCCGACCCCUGGGGCACCGUGGUGGCCCAGUGCCACGAGGGGCCGGGGCUGUGCCUGGCCCACAUCGACCUGGCCUACCUGGAGCAGGUGCGGAGGGAGCUGCCCGUGCACGGCCACCGCCGCGGGGACAUCUACGGGGCCCUGCCGGGGACACCGGGGACGUGACGGCGCCGCUCGGCCAAACCCGCCUGGAAAUUGUACUGGGUUUGCUCUUCUGUGCCCAGAGUGGGAUGGCACCACGUGUGCCCCCUUUCUGUUUGGGGGUGUCAAAUCUCCAUCAAUAUAGCCCUGAAUCGGCCCCAAAUCUGCACCAAUUCAGCCCCAAAUCUGCACCAAUUCAGCCCAAAGUCAGCUCCAAAUCAGCCCCAAAUCUGCACCAAUUCAGCCCCAAAUCUGCCCUUUUAUUCCCAAAAUUGAAUGGUAGAAUGUGUCUCCCUUUUCUUUAUUGGGGGUCCCAAAUCUCCCCCAAAUUAGUCCCACCUCUGCAUUAAUUCAGCCCCAAAUAUUCCCCCAAAUCAGUCCCAAAUCUGCACCAAUUCAGCCCAAAAUCAGCCCCAA